GCGGGGCCGAGGGCAGCCGGAAGGGGCCGGGCCUGCCGGAGGAGACUGAGCCGGGCGUUGGGCCGGCCGCACCCUCGGAGGCCAUGGCUACCGAGGGGGUGGCGGUGGCCGGAGACGGCGUGGUCGCGGGCCGCCGGGCCAAGGAGAGCUCGGAGCAGAGCCCGAGCGUGGGCCCGAGCCGGCGGCGCUUCUCGUCGCUCUCUCGUGACGCCGAGCAGCGAGCCCACCAGUGGUGCCGGGAGUUCCUGGGUGGGGCUUGGCGCCGGGUGCCGCCCGAGGAGCUCAGGGUCCAGCCCGUGAGCGGAGGCCUCAGCAACCUGCUGUUCCGAUGCUCGCUUCCGGACCACCUCCCCACCGUCGGCGAGGAGCCCCGGGAGGUGCUGCUGCGGCUGUACGGGGCCAUCCUGCAGGGCGUGGACUCCUUGGUUCUGGAGAGUGUGAUGUUCGCUAUCCUUGCGGAGCGGUCGCUGGGGCCCCAGCUCUACGGAGUCUUCCCCGAAGGGCGUUUGGAGCAGUACAUCCCAAGCCGACCACUGAGAACGCGAGAACUUCAAGAUCCUGUGUUGUCAGCCACCAUUGCCACCAAGAUGGCCCAGUUCCACGGCAUGGACAUGCCUUUCACCAAGGAGCCACACUGGCUGUUUGGGACCAUGGAGCGGUACCUUAAACAGAUCCAGGACCUGCCCCUGACUGGCCUCCCCCAGAUGAAUCUGCUGGAGAUGUACAACCUGAAGGACGAAAUGGGCAACCUCAGGAAGUUGUUGUCCUCUACCCCGUCCCCGGUAGUCUUCUGCCACAAUGACAUCCAGGAAGGGAACAUCUUGCUGCUCUCAGAGCCACAGAGUGCCGAUAACCUCAUGCUAGUGGACUUUGAGUACAGCAGCUAUAACUACAGGGGCUUUGACAUUGGGAACCAUUUCUGUGAAUGGGUUUAUGAUUACACACACGAGGAGUGGCCUUUCUACAAAGCACAGACCGGUGACUACCCCAGCCGGAGACAGCAGCUCCAUUUCAUUCGUCAUUACCUGGCAGAGGUUAAAAAAGGUGAGGCCGUCUCUCCAGAAGAGCAGAAGAAACUGGAAGAAGAUUUGCUGGUAGAAGUCAGUCGGUAUGCUCUGGCUUCCCAUUUCUUCUGGGGCCUUUGGUCCAUCCUCCAGGCAUCCAUGUCCACCAUAGAAUUUGGUUACUUGGAAUAUGCCCAGUCUCGCUUCCAUUUCUACUUCGAGCAGAAGAGUCAGCUGGCCAGCCUCCACGCCUCAGCUUGACUGCUGAGUUCUUGACCUCCGAGUUCUUCUGCAGCCUCUAGGGCAGGACCUUGGAGGGAGGGCAGAGAGCAGAAGCCCUCUGGGGACCAAGCCGGCUGAGCCCCAGCCAGCCCUGGGCACUCUGGCUGAGGCACUGACCUCUCCCCGAGUUUGAGCCGGCUGGUCCCGUGGCGAGCGGGCAGUAGGCGGGCACCUCUGGACUGUUCGUUCACCUUCAUGCAAUAAACACUCUUCUCCCA